GGUUUGCGGUCCGAGCGCACCGCGAGCCCCAGCCGCCGCCGUUUCCUCUCAGGCACCCCCCGGUGCUGCUGCUGGCCUCGACCAAUCUCUCCUGGGGUACGUCUUCUUUCGAGAUCGAGAGGAUAUUGCGGCGAGUCGCACGGACGGGCCCGCCGCCCGCUGCGCUGGAAACUCUACCUUCGACCAAAAUGUCAACUGUCUUCCGUGCUCAUAGCGCAACUAUGUUGGUACGUGUCUAACACUAGCGCUCUACUGUGUUGUUCAAGCAAUAGAAACUCAGCUGCGAGUUACGUUUUAACAGUGCGUGCCACAAUGGUUCGAAUGAAAAGCUUCGACGAUGAAGACGGCGGUGGUGCCAACAGAGGCCCACCAUCGGGGGCACCCGGGAAUUCUGAAAGAACUGUGUCGAACACCCAAAGUUACCAACGCCAACAGCCACCGUCAGAACAACCCGUGCCGCCGUUCCACCCACCACAGAACUUCGUCGAGGGCUUUCUCACAAGCAUAAACCAGGACCUCCUCGUUUCCAAGACGUUCUACUUCUUUUUCUUCUCAGCGUUCGGCUCGCUCUUUCCGCUGUUAGCCGUCUAUUUCAAGCAGAUGGGCAUGAACGCCACGCAGAGUGGUUUGCUCAUCGGCAUUCGGCCCUUGGUCGAAUUCAUCAGCGCCCCAAUGUGGGGAGGAGUGGCCGACCGCUUCAAGAAGGGCAAGGCGAUCCUUCUCGGCUCGCUUGCCUGCUGGAUCGUGUUCACGCUCUCGCUGGCCUUCGUGCAGCCUCCCGCCGCGUCGUGCAUCGACUACAACGACACGCACCACGUCCUGUACUCUCCCGACACAGGCGGCAACGACCGCUACCGCCGCAGCGUGUCUGCGGUCCAGGAGAACCUCUGGAUGGACGUCGCGGCCGAAGAAGAACUACUGCCGCAGCCUCCCGAUUCCUUACCGGAGACACGGGACAAGAGGGUCCACUCGAGUACCGAGGCACCCUCUCUGCCUCAGGUGGAGAGGGGGCGGAGCAAAGCCAAGCAGCUUCCUCCGAACUACGUCGUCGGCAAGUCGCCCAAUACGGUCGAGUACACGCUUAACUAUAACCAGGAGCGGCACACGUCCUACAUCUCGCCUCCCUUCAGCUCGAUCGUGUACAAGUACGAAGACGUGCAGGAGGUCUUCUUCCUCCUCCUGCUGCUAAUUGUGCUCGGCGAGUACUUCAGCGCCCCGGCCAUCACGCUCGCCGACGCGGCGACCCUCUCACACCUCGGGGAAAACACUGACAACUACGGUCGCCAACGCAUGUUCGGAUCGCUCGGUUGGGGCGUGGCCAUGUUCUUCGUGGGCAUCGCGCUCGACCACUCGACCUCGUUUCCGAACCACCCGUGCGGUCCGUACGAGAAGGAGCGCAACUACACCAUCUGCUUCGCCACCUUCUCGGUGCUCAUGGGCUGCGCCUUCAUAUCGGCCACGCAGCUCAAGUUCGACUACGAGCCCGACCUGCCCGGGCCGGACGACAACAUCGUCAUGAAGCAGGUGGUGAUGAACAGCGACGCGAGCAAGCCCAUCACCAUCGAGGACAUUGCGCCGGGCAUACCACAGGCGAGGCCCAAGCAGGAAGAAAAACAGCCGGAGACGACUAAGAGCACGGUGUUUGCUCAGACCACACGCAAGCUCCCGGAGUGGUUCGCCGUGCUCCGAUCGUUCGCGACGGUGCGAUACGGCGCCUUCCUCGUGGUCACGUGGUUCAUGGGCUUUGGCAUCGGCCUCGUGUUCACCUUCCUCUUCUGGCACCUGCAAGACCUGGGCGGCACGCCCACGCUCUUCGGUGUGGCGUCAGUGAUCAACCACGUGUCGGAGAUAUUCGCCUACUUCUUCAGCUUCCGAUUCAUCCGCCAGAUUGGACACGUCAAGGUGCUUUGUGUCGGCCUCGUCGGCAACGUAUGUCGAUUCCUCUACAUCUCCUGGUUGAAGAACCCCUGGUGGGUGCUGCCCUUCGAAUUCAUUCAAGGAGUAACGCAUGCGGCUGUGUGGGCUGCCUGCUGCUCCUACAUCACACAAGCGACCCCGAACCUCAGGUCAUCGGCACAGGGUGUCCUUCAGGGUCUCCAUCACGGACUCGGCCGCGGCUGCGGAGCCGUUAUCGGAGGAAUAUUCGUUAACUACUUCGGCACGCAGAUCACGUUCCGUGGCUACGGGUUCGCAUGCCUGCUAGUGCUCGUCGGGUUCGUGUUCGUCAACUACUACCGCAAGGACAAGGGCUUCGUUGCCUUCCGGGAGGACGAAGACGAGCCGCACCUCGUGGUCGAGGAGACCUCGCACCUGGCGCCCCACGGCGUUCCGGCCAACCCAAUGGCGCGAUCGCUGUCCAAGCAAAACCUCGGCGACGGCCAGCAGCAGGGUGGUGGCCAGCAGCAACCACAACAGCCGGAUGCCAGCGUAGCACAAGGUCCUGGUGGCUUCCUCGGCGUACCCGGAAGUGGAGGAGGAAACCAGGGAUCCCGAAAUAGCAGUCAACCAGAUCAGUGGGGAUACAGGACGAAUGUUCUAAACCAAGCGCACUCACCUGAGGAACUGGGAAGAAGCUACGGCCGGGCUUCUCUGGCGGCUGCCUUUAAUCCUAAAGGAAUCAUGGCCCAGGCAGUCAGUCCCGACAGCACAUAUCAGUUUGAUCACAUCAGAAAGGACUUCGAGGCCUACAAGGACGUCACGGCGCUGAGGGAAUACGACCUGGAUUCGAUAAAAGAAACUAACCCGUUCGCGUCAUCUCUGGUGAAGACAUCUUCGUUCGCACCGCAGCCGAGUAGGAGACAUGUCGCCGACGCCUACGCAUGGUAGAGGCCACGCCAGGCAUCGGCAAUAGUGACGUCAUUGAAAGAAAAUGUUCUUUGCUGUUUUUUACUUGUUCUUUACUGUACAAGUUGUCGGGCUUUAGUUUUGCACUUAGUCUACCGAGUCUUUAAGUGCGAAAUAGAAAACGUGAGGAUUGGGGAACUCUGCAAGACCGCAAAGAGGUGCGUAUUUCGCACUUGAAGACAAUGUACUACAGCGUACAGGGUGCUUUAUUUCGUGUAAUAUCCCUCGCAAGCUUAGUAAAACAACACGGCCGCUACGCAAGUUUUAAUCCUACACUUAUGUUAUUUGGACGCUUCGACAGAGCAUUCACAUGCAGCGGCUAAGAGGCCGCGAGUGUGUGGUUUCAAUGCUCCUGAGGCACCGCCAUCUUCCUCGACGAAGGGUGGGGCGGGACAGGGGUUAAUCCCCUCUUCCCCCCGCCCCGCCCGAGGAAACUGCCAGACUAAGCCUAAAUAAAGUUUAUUCAUUCAUUCUAAUUAGUUUAUUAUCACGGUGUUGGAAGCACGCACAUAAGAUGAAAUAUUGAAGGACUAUUUUACAAAAGAAGCCCAUUUACUGACACAACCGCUUAACAUUUUAACAGCUAAGCUGUUUAAGACAGCCGUAAUUUGUGCGACCUAUCCUGCGUGGCCUGCCCUGUGUGGCCUAUCAGAUAUGUGCCACAGGAACUGGCUAAAUUCCACUACUCACCACUGGUACACUAAAGAGGAAGAAGGCAACAGUUAGCACAACUCGAGGGAACGGGAAAGGCAACGGCGGCUGCGAGAAGACCCCGAAGCGAUGGAAGGCCUACACCAACGACGACAUGCCGGUCGACCUAUGAGAGCUGCGAACGCUGGUUUUCAGCGCGAGUUAAUGGCUCUGGAGUUUGUACGUCCGAGUCGUGACUGUGACUGUCUGAGAGGUGCGAAGGCUCGAUUUCAGCGCGAGUUUCUGUCUCUGGAGUUUGGGCAUCCGUGUCGUGUCUCUGACUGUCUGUGUUUUAACUCGAACCUCUCUGCGUUGAGAAUCA